AUGGCGGCGAAGAGAAUCGGUGCCGGUAAAUCUGGCGGUGGUGGAGAUUCGAGCAUCUUAGCGAAGAUCUCUAAUUCCGAGAUCGUAUCUCAGGGUAGACGUGUAGCUGGAGAUACCGUUGAAGUAUCGAAGAAAUUGCUCUGGAGCACUGGAAAAGCUGCGUGGAUCAGUGGGACAACUUUUCUAAUCCUUGUUGUUCCAUUGAUUAUCGUGAUGGAUCGUGAAGCUCAGCUUAAUGAAUUGGAACUUCAACAAGCUAGUCUUCUCGGAACUCCACCGUCUACUAUGCAAAGAUGA